UACUCCCCAUUCCCUGUUGACCUUUCUAAUUGGCUCCUUUCCUUGUUGAGCUUUGUCUCGCUCGCACAUUAUUGCUUAACACGGCGUCGUCUUCACUAGCCCCUGAGCUCUGUCUCAACAAAUAUCUAACCAUUGAAAAACCAAAUGCCCCCUAAAGGAAUAGUACUGAUCAGUUGUAGAGAUCCACAAGAUUGCCACUCUCUGUAACGGCGAAUCGAUCUCCAAUCUCUCCCUCUCUCUCUCGUUCAUUUCCUCAAUGACUUCUCCCUAUCCAGCUCCGUACGAUUUCCCCCCAUCCGCCGCAGCUCCAUCCACCUUCCUCACCCGCUCCGCCAAUACUACAACCAACUUCUUCGCCACGCGCCGUCCAUUGCGCGAAUUGAUUGAAUUCUCCUCCUUCUCGCUUCCGCUCUCCUUCGGCGAAGCCACAAUCCGCGUAAAACGCAACCUCUACUACUUUCGCGUUAAUUACACCAUGAUAAUCCUCUUUAUACUCUUUUUAAGCCUCUUAUGGCACCCUCUCUCGAUGAUUGUCUUCUUAGUCGUCUUUGUUGCUUGGUUUUUCCUCUACUUCUUUCGUGACCAGCCGCUGGAGAUUUUCCAUCGUCCGAUUGAUGAUCGUGUGGUGCUUGGUUUGCUUGCCGUCGUUACUAUUAUUGCUUUGAUUUUCACUCACGUCUGGUUAAAUGUCUUGGUAUCGGUUUUGAUUGGGGUUGCUGUUGUUGUAUUACACGCUGCGUUUAGGGGAACUGAGAAUUUGUAUUUGGAUGGGCAUGACUUGGCUGAUGAAGGCUUGUUUUCUGUUGUGGGGAGUCCUAUGAGAGCUAGCUAUACUCGCGUCUAAAAGUAAGAUUUCUUUCGGAAUUUAAUGUCAAACGCACAAGUCAGGUGGAAUUUGGUUUCGGCAGGAGCAGCUGAUUUUCUCUCUGGUUAAACUGAAGACAGCUCAGUAUGUAUUAUUCAUAGAUAAGUAAAUGAACGAGAACCCUAGCUCGUGGAGUACAAGAGCCCCAGUGAGGUACUAGCUCAUCGGUGUUGUUGCUCGUGUUGUUUCUUAUUGUGUAAACUUGGCUAUGAUACACAAGCAUCCGGAUAUAACAUGGUUACAAGUUUGGUGCCAUGGCGGAAGACCUGGAUCUGGAACUUAUAAAUGCUGGUGGAAGGAUUGGGAAGAGUCUUCUUUUAAAAAAAAAAAAUUGUUGGAAGGUGGGAUUGUCUCUGAAUUUCCCUUUUCUUGGCCUUAGAAGUGGCAUAAGUGCGUAACGGUCUCCUUUUGUCCUCCUUUUUUCAUAAAAAGAGACGUUCCUGAUGGAUGUUUGGCCAUGUGUUAAGAAGCAUGAAUCUUUUUUUAUAAGCUAUAUGGUGUACAGUCUCUCGAAUUUUAUCAUCAGUAUUAAGGCGGAAUUUUCCUAUAAAGGUGGAUCUAAUGCAUUUUCCCCAUGUGAGGAAAAGUCUUUCAAUUGAAAAAUUGACAAGGGAAAGUUAGCAAUAUUGCUGUCGCUGGCCAUGCAAAAUCAGUGCCUUGCCUGUUGUCACAAUCCUUUUUUUGGAGACUUUAAAAGCUAGUUUCCCCGUAGUUUUUUGAAGAGUUUUUGGUUCCUAUCUUGUUUUAUGCCAGAUUGGAGGAGUGUUUCCAUAAAAGCUUCAAUUUAUAUGGGGUCCCGGGAGUGUGUUAGGUCAUUUUCCUUUGCAAGUAAUGAUGGUUCAAUGGUGUUAUUGCUUGAAGUACGUUAACCAUAAUAACUGCUUAUGCUUAUGAUCUUUUCACGGUCUCUCAUGUAUUUUCUGUGCAUGUUGUUAUUGCCUUUGUAGCCUUAAUUCAAGAAUUUUAUUGCUUAGUGAUUUUUUUUUAUUGUUUAUUUGAUAUUUACAAGGUCUUGCGUGUCAUAUCCGUCUUUUUAGCAAGUAAUAAAGGUAGAUUAUUUGGCUGUUCA